CCGUCACUGGGCGUAGGCCAUCUCAACCCCAUGGUGGAGCUGGCCAAGCUCUUCCUCCACCGCGGCCACGCCGUCAUCAUCGCCGUCGUGAACCCGCCCGACAAGGACGCCGUGUCCGCCGACGUGGUAGCCCGCCUCGCCGCCGCCAAUCCCGCCAUCACGUUCCGCCUCCUCCUCGCGCCGUCUUCUUCCGACGAGGAGGAGCAUUUCUCCAGCCCGAUUCUGAAAACCAUCGACGUGCUUCGCCGCGCCAACGCUGAGCUACGAGAGCUCCUCCGCGCGCUCCCCGCCGUCGACGCCCUCGUGGUCGACAUGUUCUGCGUCGACGCGCUUGAUGUCGCCGCCGACCUCGCCAUCCCCGCCUACUUCCUCUACGCGUCCUCGGUCGGCGACCUCGCCGUCAUGUUCCACCUCCCAUACUACUACCCCGCCGCCCCUUCGUCGUUCAAGGACAUGGGCACGACCCCGCUCCACUUCCCCGGCGUGCCGCCCAUCCGUGCGUUGGACAUGUCCACCACGAUGCUGGACCGGGAGAGCGACAUCGCCAAGGAACGGCUGCGCCAGUACACGCGGAUGCCCGAAGCGCGAGGCUUCCUCGCCAACAGCUUCGAUUGGCUGGAGUCGAGGGCUCUCGAAGCACUCAGGCACGGCGUCUGCACCCCUGGCCGCUCGACGCCGCCAGUCUACUGCAUUGGCCCGCUGGUCCUUCCUGCACAAACGUCCGGUGAGAGACACCCGUGCCUCCAGUGGCUUGACGCGCAGCCGGAGCGGAGUGUGGUAUUCCUCUGCUUCGGCAGCUUGGGCACCUUCUCCGCCGCGCAGCUAGGAGAGGUGGCUCGUGGGUUAGAAAAAUCUGGCCACAGGUUCUUGUGGGUGGUGCGCAACCCACCGGAGCACAAGGACGAGUCCGUCUUGGAAGGGUUGCUUCCAGAAGGUUUCUUAGAGAAGACGGCUGAUAGAGGGUUCGUGGUGAAGAACUGGGCGCCACAAGCCGAGGUGUUGCAACACGGAGCCGUUGGUGCGUUCGUGACACACUGUGGGUGGAACUCGGUGCUCGAGGGGAUCGUCUCUGGUGUGCCGAUGAUCUGCUGGCCAUUGUACGCAGAGCAGAGGAUGAACAAGGUGCACGUGGUGGAGGAGAUGAAAGUCGAGGUGGCGAUGGAGGGCUAUGAGAAAGAAAUUGUGAAGGCAGAGGAGGUGGAGGCGAAGGUGAGGCUGGUGAUGGCGUCUGAGGAAGGGAACAAACUCAGAAAAAGGCUCUCGGUAGCCAAGAAGAUGGCGGCCGACGCCCUGAAGAAAGGCGGGUCGUCUGACAUGGCUUUUGAAGAGUUUCUGCGGGACUAG